CUGAUUGGUCCUCCCGCGUCAGUUUAAAAAAGAGACCGCGGAGAGGAUCAGCCUAACGUUUCCUUGUUCCCUCGAUGUUUCCUUCUUUAAAUGUUCCUCCUGCUGAAUAAAACACAGCCCGAAGAUGAUGGAGUCAUGUUUAGGAGGGAAGCCGGAGAGAGUGGGACCAGUGGAGGUGGACGACAUCAGGAAAGACCUGCUGGGGGAAUUUGCUGCUCUGCCAGCCCAGGACAGUGAUCAGUCGCAGUCUGAGAACCUUCAGGUGUACCUGAGGGUUCGACCGUUCACUGCAGCAGAGAGCGACCAUGAAGGUUCACAGGAGUGUGUGACCAUCGAGGGGCCGGACACCGUGGUCCUGAAGGCUCCCAGGAUCUGUCAAUCAAACAGACAGAACGAGAAGUCCUUCCCUCAAACAGCCCAGAGGUUCUCCUUCACUCAGGUGUUCGGUCCGGACUCCAGCCAGAGGAAGGUCUUCGAGGGUUCGGUUCGAGGUUUGGCGCGAGACGUUCUGGACGGAGGAAACUGUCUGGUGUUCACGUACGGAGUCACCAACGCCGGGAAGACCUUCACUUUCCUCGGUCCGGACCAUGACUCGGGUCUGCUGCCCCGCUCUCUGUCUGUGAUCUUCAACAGCAUCGAGGGCCGUCUGUACGGCCGGAUGGACCUGAAGCCUCAGCGCUGCAGAGACUUCAGCAGACUGACUCCAGACCAGCAGGCGGCCGAGAGCAGCAGCAAGAAGAACCUGCUGAGGCUGCUCAAAGAGAGCGACAAAAGUCUGACAACUGGGAGGUCAACGUUUCUGGAUGGUUCGUCUCUCAGCACUGACAGCAGCGUGAACAGCGUCUCUGACUCUGACAGCUUCUGUCUUGACGUCGCCUCGAACGUUCGUUACUCAGUCUGGGUUUCAUUCUGUGAGAUUUACAACGACAACAUCCACGACCUGCUGGAACAGGUUCCCAGCGGACACCAGAGGAGGACGGUGCUGCGUCUGUCUCAGGACGUCAAAGGAAACUCCUUCAUCAAAGACCUGCGGUGGGUCCAGGUGAACAGCUCUGAGGAGGCCUACAGAGUGAUGAAGAUCGGGAAGAAGAAUCAGAGCUUCUCCUCCACCAGACUGAACCAUCUGUCCAGCAGGAGCCACAGCAUCUUCUCCAUCAGGAUCCUCAAAGUGGACGACGUUGGCGUCCCUCGAGUCCUCGGCAUCAGCGAGUUGGCUCUGUGCGACCUCGCCGGCUCCGAGCGCUGCUCUCGGACUCACAACACGGGAGAGCGCCUGAAGGAGGCGGGGAACAUCAACAGCUCGCUGCUGACGCUCGGGAAGUGCAUCAACGCCAUGAGGCUCAACCAGAACGCCAAGUUCACGCACCACGUCCCCUUCAGGGAGUCCAAACUCACGCACUUCCUGCAGUUCUUCUUCUGUGGUGCCGGACGCGUCUCCAUGGUCGUCAACAUCAACCAGAACUCGGCGAGCUUCGACGAGACGCUCAACGUCCUCAAGUUCUCCGCACUCGCCCAGAAGGUGGUGGUGUUGAACACUCGGCCCGUUGUCGUGGACGACGCCCCCCAGAGGUCGGCCCUGGAACUGUCCAUGAUCAUCGACGAGGCCGACCAGCGCAGGAACGUGAGCGGGCGCGGCAGGAAGAGCUCGCUGCUUGCCUGGGAGACCACGCUGGAGGACGUGAUGGAGGGUGAAGACGGGGAGGAGUGGGGCGAGGAGGAGGAGGAGGAGGAGGAGGAGGAGGAGAGCAUGAUGGAGGGAACAGUGCUGGAGGCAGGAGGGGAGGAAGAAGAGGAGGACAGGACGAUGGAGGAAGAAGGUAAGAUGGCGGCGCUGCGUCUGGUCCUGGAGGCUCAGAUCAGAGAGGAGGUCAGCGCCGAGUUCAUGGAGCUCUUCAACAAGAUGGAGAAGGACUACAGUGAGCGUCUGGAGAAGGAGAGGGAGAUCCUGGAGGAGCGAGCGGAGAAGAGGGUGGAGAUCCUGAAGAACCUGGUCAGCAAGACGGUGGAUCUGUCUGCUGUCAGCGCCGACAACACCAAGCAGGAGCAGACGGCUCUGCUGGAGGGGAUCAUCAGCUCCAUGACUGAAGACCUGGAGAAGAUCAAAGAGGACGCUCAGAGCGCUCAUCGCUGUCUGACCGACCAAUCACAGGCUGCAGAGCUGGAGGCGCUGCGAUUGGAGAAGCAGCAGUCACAUGACCAGCUGCAGGAGGCCGCACAGAGUCUGGAGCAGCAGAAACAGAAGCUCUCUGGUCUGAUGGAGAUCUGUCAGCAGAAAGACGACAUCAUCAACAAGCUGCAGGCGGCCAUGGACGACGCAGCAGAGAGCGCCACCAGAGACAGAGCUCUGGUGGAGUCCAUAAAGUCUGAGCUGCUGGAGCUGCAGAAGAGGAGGAGCGCAGGAGAGGAGAGAGAAGAGGAGGAGAAGAGGAAACGACAGCGGGAGGAGGAGGAGGAGGAGAGAGGACCGGCGAGGAAGAGAGUGGUCCUGGAGGACGAGAUCUGGAGACUCCAGGAGGAGAGCGACAAGAAGGAUGUGACCAUCGAGGAGCUGAGAGAGAGGGAGGAGAGGAGGAGGGGGCUGGAGGAGGAGCUGAGGAGGCGGGAGGAGGAGGUGGAGGAGCUGAAGAAGGAGCAGGCUCUGUUGGAGCAGAAGGUUCUGCAGCUGACGGAUCUGGAUGAGUGUCCUCACUGUGCGUCUGUGUUCGGGUCUCUGGAGUCUGAGCAGAGAGAAACCUCCAGACUGCUGAAGGAGAACAAAGCUCUGGUGAACGGGAUGUUCCGCCUGCAGACGGAGGUCACAGAUCUUCAGUCUCAGCUCAAGCAGAAGACCGGCACGACCGACAGCCUAUCAGAGCAGCUCAGGACUGUUAAGACCCGCCUCCAAGACCAGGAGAGCCAAUCAGAGGAGAAGACCGGCUCCAUCAGCAGCCUGACGCAGGAGGUGGAGCGCCUGAGACGAGAGAUGAAGGAGGAGGAGGGGCGGAGCAGCAGCGUCUUCCACGCCACCAUGGAGGAGCUGAGGAAGGAGAGCCAGGCGGCGCUGGAGAGAUCGACUCAGAAAUCCAAACAGAUCCAAGACCUGCAGAGAGAGAGGACGCACCUGCAGGAGGACCUGAGGCUCAGUCAGGACAGGUGCGUGCAGCUCACUGAGGAAGCAGCCAAUCAGAAGGCAGAGCUCCAGAGUGUGAGGGCGGAGCUUGAGUCAGAGAGUGGCGCCCUGCAGAGGAAGCUGGAGGAGACGGAGAGAUCAGAGGAGGAGAGGAAGAGGAGCGAGGAGGAGAGGAAGAGGAGCGAGGAGGAGAGGAAGAGGAGCGAGGAGGAGAGGAAGAGGAGCGAGGAGACGGAGAGACGAGAGAGGGAGGAGCUCCUGGAGGACAGCGUCCGGCAGACGGAGGCUCUGAGGACAGAGCUGGAGCGUCUGAAGGAGGAGCUGCAGAGGAGAGAGGAGGAGGAGGAGGAGGGGAAGGAGAACAGGGAGGUGAAGGAGGAGGAGGAGGAGGGGAAGGAGAACAGGGAGGCUGAGGAGAGGAAGGUGCCGAUGGUGGAGGAGCUUAAGGAGGAGAUCCUGAGGCUGCAGGAGAGGAGGGAGAGACAGCAGGAGGAGGAGGAGGAGGAGAAGGAGGGGAGGAGCAGGGAGUUUGAUGCUGUGAGGAGAGAGAUGGAGAGACUGAAGAGACUUAAGGAGGAGAGAGAGAGAGAGAGGGAGCGCCCCCUGCAGGGAAUCACUCAGAGGUGUGGUGGGCGUGUCCUCCAGGAUCAGGAUGCUCGUGUCUCUCCGCUGAGACCAAACAUGGCCGACAGGAAGAGAACCGCUAAAACUACAGGAAGGAAGAGGAAGAGCUGCGAGGUGCAGGGUCUGGUCUUCAGUGAGAACAAGAGGAACCGAGUGAGGAACACACGAAACGACAAACAGGCAGGGACGGGGACGAAGGAGAAGAGAGACGGCGCUCUGCAGAAGAUCGGAGAGUUGAUCCACAGCUCUCCCUCCAUCCUGAGCAGCAAAGCUAAAACCCUCCUGAGCCUGGUCAGCGGUCCUGAGGCGGUCACCACGGAAACCAAACCCAAACGAGGGCGCAGGAAGCUCUUCAAGAAAGACGCCGGGUCGCCGCUGUUCGACUCCCCGCGCAUGACACCAGGGGGCGCCGAGGAGGAGAAGGAGAGCGACCACCUCAUCAUCAAGAGACAGCUCCGAUCCAAAACCUGCAGGAAGUGAGGACCAAACCUGUACAGACCUUCACACACACACACACACACACACACACACACACACACACACACACACACACACACACACACACACACACCUGUACAGACCUUCACACACACACACACACACACACACACACACACACCUGUACAGACCUUCACACACACACACACACACACACCUGUACAGACCUUCACACACACACACACACACACAUACACCUUCACACACACUCACACACCUUCACACACACACACACAUACACACACACACACACACACACACACACCUUCACACACACUCACACACCUGUACAGACCUUCACACACACUCACACACACACACCUUCACACACACUCACACACCUGUACAGACCUUCUCACACACACACACACCCUCACACACACACACACACCUGUACAGUUUGUUUUGAUGUCUUUUAACCUCUGGAGGUGAAUGAAGUGAGAGAACACUUCUUCUUCUUCUCCUUCAUCAAAUAAAGAUGUAUCCGUCUGUC